AUGAUGAACUUGGUUGCAUUGUUGUGUUUACUUUCUACUACUGCUGCGCUACCGUUCAUAGGAACUGUUCAGUCGGUCGCGGUAACAGGAAAGCUUACCUGUAAUGGAAAACCAGCUGAGAAUGUUAAGGUGAAACUGUACGAAAAAGAAGUCUUGCUCGACACGCUACUGGACGAGAAGUUUUCCGAUUCCAAGGGCACGUUUACGCUUUCUGGCCAUAAGAAAGAGCUAACUGCCAUCGAUCCUAAAGUGAACAUCUAUCACAAGUGUAACUAUGAAGGAGUGAGUCCGCUAUGCUUCAAGAAGAUCUCUGUAAAGAUUCCCAAGAAUUUCGUGACUGAAGGCGAAACGGCGGACAAGGUAUUUGACAUUGGAGAGCUCAAUUUAGCCGGAGCUUUUUCCGGAGAAAGUAUAGACUGUCUAAAUUAG